AUGAGUACGCCUCCCACCACUCCCAAGACCAAGCCCGGCGCCGAAUCCAAGCUGCCACACGCACAUACCCACACUUCGGCCCUGACUCCGCCCACCUCCCCACGUCAGAGCCGGUCCUCUUCCAACAUCUCAGAACUGGCGACGACCAUUCCCGCAGUGCCGACUCAUUCUCUGCUGGAACUUCCGCUGAAGUUGAAGGAUGCCACAUUACACCCCAUCCAAACCGCUGCCGUCGGUCAGAGCACUUUGCCCGAGACAAGGGUCGGCGAAUGUCCCUUUGACAUUGAGAUCCUCAAAGACGAACGUGGUCAAGACGCUGUCUUCGGGACCGGCGCCUGGAGCACGGUCUACAAAGCCACCACCCAUGUCCAAGUGAGGACCGUCUCAGGCUCCUUGACACCGCCGCUUUCCCCGGCACUUGCGACUCCGGCCCUCGUAGCAGUCAAGAGACCUGCGCGCCGAGACGCAAUCUCCAUUUUGAAAAGCGAAGCCAAAGUGCUCAGCCAUCUCCAUUCCAUCGCAAAUAGCGAAAAGUACGUCGUUCCUUUCUACGGCACCGUCGACGAAACCACCCUUAUUCUCGAAGCCAUCCCCUUCAGUCUCGAAGACCACAUCCGACAAUGUGCAGCCGUGGCUUCCCAAACCUUGUCCACUUGGACCAUGGCCGACCCAGUCCUCGGCAGCGAUGCGAAAUGGUUUCAUCUGGCACGGCAGCUCAUUUCCGCCCUUGCGUGGCUCCACCGUGAUGCACGAGUCGUCCACGGCGACAUCAAACCUGGCAACAUCCUCCUGACGUGUGUCCACGGGUCGGGAACUGACGUAUCCUGUCGGCCAGUCUUCGCCGACUUCUCCUCGGCCCAGCGGCUUGACAUGGAGGACAUGACAGCAAAUACGCUCUCAGCCGUCACCAGAGAAUAUACCGCCCCCGAGCUUCUCAACUCCAAAGUUCUCCGGGACCCCACGUCCACAGCCACACCAGCUUCGGAUGUGUUCUCCAUGGCAAUCACCUUACUGGUUGCGGCGACGGGGCAGAUGCUGGUAUACCCCGGCUCGGUGUUACAACGGCAGGCCAUGGCCACCCAAGGAUGGAUGGUGUUGAGUUACGUUCGGAAUGCGGAACAAGGUUCGCGGGUACCUAGAUUCGGCCUUGUUGAGAGAGUUCUGGAAAGGGCCGUCUUGAAGGCGGACAUGGGAAGAGUGAACGCGCAGGAGUGGCUGGGCAUUGUCGAAACCAUGGCACAAGGGGAUCCUGGGAAGUUAUGA